CAUAGAUUAAAAACUCAAAUAGGCCUAUAUAAUUAUUACAAAGUCAGAGUGUUGUGAAAUAAUUAUUAAUUCUAGGUUAUUGGUUAUUUACGAUAUAAUUAGGAAUUAGGUGCGUACCGUACAUGCUAGUUACUGUUGUUUGUAUAUUAGUGUACAACAGCCUGCUCGGGCCCCACACACUCUCUCUACCUUCCCCUUCCCCCAGGCGCCUAGCUGCCCCGCCCCCACUUCCGCGGCCAGUCUAUCUUUGUCUCUCCGCUUUGUUCUAAAAAUAAACACUUCUCAUCAGUUCGUCUGUUGACUCCGUUUGAUAUGGGCGGAAUUGUUUAAUUGUUGUGCUCUGCUCUACUAUUACUAUUGACAGGUUAAGAUGUCAAGCUAUAAACAUAAGUCUGGAGCUUUGAAAAGAAAGCUCCAGAAAGAAAAAUUAGAACAAUCUGCUAAAGGUCGCCAGGAUAUUAAGAAGUUUUUUAAGAGUAAUGAAAAAGAAGAGUUGCAAGAAUUUCAACCGGAUUUCAAUCCAGAACCUACAUCAGCCUCACAGACCCAACCUUCUUCAGCUUCAAUCCAAAAUGCUUCUACGUCUACUGUAUGUGAGGGAAGUAAUGACGAAUGUGCUAGUGCUGAUCCAAAUCUUAGUAAGGAUACUGUCGAUGACAAUAAAACUUUUAAUUUUGACGAUCCUAAUACGUGGCCUGCGGUGAUGAGUGAUAAAAUACGGCAGGAAAUAGUAUUGUACUACGGUGGUUUUCAAGCUUUUCAGGCCAGAUCAAAAUCAUUUCCAGCUGACCCCUCAGGAAAACAUUUCCAUGAAACAUUGUUGUACAUGAAAACAGACAACAGAACAUGUAAAGCAAUUCCACGUGAAUGGUUAAUGUGGAGUGAAACAAAAAACAGCAUUCAUUGUUUACCCUGUAGCAUUUUCCAUUCAAACCAAAACAAAAGUAAACUUGCAAAAGAAGGUUUUUUCCCUGAAAAACAACAAUACAAACGAUUAUACAGGUUAUUUUCGAUGCAUGAAAGAAGCUCUGAGCACAGAAAACACUACCUAGAAUGGAAAAGUCUUCAGAUAUCAUUGAAAGGACAUGGUGUCGACAGCAAUCUGCAACAGAUUAUUAACUGUGAAGCAACAAGAUGGAAAGCUAUUCUUCAACGAAUUUUGGACACAACAAUAUUCUUGAGUAGUAGAGGUUUAGCUUUCCAAGGGGAAAAUACCCAGAUCGGUGAUGUUCACAAUGGAAACUUUUUAGGAGUAUUGGAAUUAAUAGGAAAAUAUGACGAAGUAACUCGUGAACAUUUAGCCAAAGUAAAAGAAAACCAGUUGAAUAAAAAAAACAUAAUCUAG